AUGGCGCUUAAAACAUACUUUGACUACGGCUUUCAUGUAUUAUUAUAUAUCCAAGGGUUACAUGAGAUGGAGAUAUAUAACUUCAACAAGAAAGAGGUGUUGAAGUUCCGAAAGAAGCUUUCUAUAGACCUCCGCUUCCAUAGGAUGAACACAAUACCUGCAGUCAUCCCAGUCAAAGAAGUUGUUACAGUUGAUGAAGAUGAGGAUGGGGAUGAGGAACUUACAUUUCUCUCUCCUUUGAUUUCUGGAAGGGAUGGCAACACAAUAAACACUUUACUUGAUGAAGGUGCAGAGGAGAAUGAAGAAAACAUAUCUGGGAAUGACACUGGGCGAACUGCGGAGAAAGGGACUUCAGGCAGUGCCCAGCAAACUGCUGUGGAUACUUCAGGCAGUAAGUUACUAACGAAACAUCAGCCCAACAGUGUCCAAAAACGUCCUAAGGACUCUGAGCCCAUAGAGAUGGACAUGGAGAAGACUUCAGACAAUAAACAGCAAGAGUCAAGCACUGAGGGCAACCCUGCAGCUGAGGGCAAUGGCGACGGUGAUGAUAACCCAGUAGUGUCACCAGCUGAACGGGUUAACAAGAGGAAGCUUACUGCAAAUUCUCAGAUUUGUCCUCCCAUCAAUUUUGAAGUACAUGAUCUACAGAAAUUAACUUAUCAGCGUAAGCUAGACAUUUACCUAGCUAUCAAAGAAAACUGCAAUGAUUGUAAGCUGUUCAGUGUGGAUAGGAUUACCAUGACGGGGUGUGAGCUGAUAAAGUGCUUAGAGGUAGAUGACCUUUCCGAGAGUAUAAUCAAUGCAUUCAUUAAAUGCCUUUGUCCCUUUUCAAGGUCAGGGAGAGCAUUGCAGAAUUACCGAUUCUAUGUUUGCAGAUUGAUGUAGAGCGUGAGUAGAGUACCAAAAGCACAUCGAUGAGAGAACCCGCGACAGAAUUGUGCUACAAUUUGGUAACCUUAAGGUGGCUGAGUCUGUGUAUGUUGAGUGCUUCAAACGCGGUGGUCAUAUGCACACAGACAUAAUGGAGUUAGUAUGCGAGCUGUGGUCAAAAGACUAAAAUGACACUAUCAUCCUUACUACAUAUGCUGCUAGAGAGUUGCUAAGCAAAGGAACUUCUUACUAUCUGGACAGAGAGCUUACAACAGACAAAGUGAAGGGCGUGAACAAGGUUUGUGCAUUAUUUAUCAGAUCUUUCUAUUUCAAUGUACUGGUCCUUGGUUGUUGUUUCAACUGGACAGUGAGUUUGACAGUAUAUUUUUUCAAAUAUUCAUUCCUUUAGUUUAUGCUAAUCACGAGUCCUUGAUUGUUGUUUCAACUUCGCCGGAAAGGAUAUAUAUCCUUGACUCCUGGCCAGGAAAACAUAUAUCAGUGGCAGCUGAUUUUGUAAAUAAACUGAAGACAUAUUUGAUUACUAACCACAACAUGGAUAUUGCUGUGUAUCCUUAAGAAACCCCAAAGGUUUGCCCUCAAAGAAACAACUUGGACUGUGGCUUUCAUGUAUUAUUAUAUAUCCAAUGGUUCCAUGAGAUGGAGAUAUAUAACUUCAACAAGAAAUAGGUGUUGAAGUUCCGAAAGAAGCUUUCCAUAGACCUCCACUUCCAUAGGAUGAACACAAUACCUGCAGUCAUCCCAGUCAAAGAAGUUGUUACAGUUGAUGAAGAUGAGGAUGAGGAACUUACAAUCCUCUCUCCUUUGAUUUCUGGAAGGGGUGGCAACACAAUAAACACUUUACAUGAUGAAGGUGCAGAGGACAAUGAAGAAAACAUCUCUGGGAAUGACACUGGGCGAACUGCGGAGAAAGGACUUCAGGCAGUGCCCAACAAACUACUGUGGAGACUUCAAGUAGUAAGUCACCAACGAAACAGUAGCCAAACAGUGUCCAGGAACGUCCUAAGGACUCUGGGUCCACAGAGAUGGACAUGGAGAAGACUUCAGACAAUAAACAGCAAGAGUCAAGCACUGAGGGCAACCCUGCAGCUGAGGGGCGACAGUGAUGAUAACCCAGUAGUGUCACCAGCUGAACGGGUUAACAAGAGGAAGCUUACUUUAAAUUCUCAGAUUUGUCCUCCCAUCAAUUUUGAAGUGCAUGAUCCACGGAAAUUAACUUAUCAGCGUAAGCUAGACAUUUACCUAGCUGUCAAAGAAAAUUACAAUGAUUGUAAGCUGUUCAGUGUGGACGGGAUUACCAUGACGGGGGUCAGCUGAUAAAGUGCUUAGAGGGAGAUGACCUUUCCGAGAGGAUAAUCAAUGCAUUCAUUAAAUGCCUGAAGUAUGAUUCUGCUGUGAAGUUUAUGACAAACUAAGAAUCAUUAUACCACCACUAGACAAAAGCAUAGCUUUGGCUGUCGGUUAAAAGCAUCGUCUGAUAGCAAAAUAUUUUAUUGCGCAGACCGACAACGGAGUUACGCAAGAGAUCAUGAAUGAACUUGUUUCUUGGGAAGACAAAUGCAAACAAUGGGAACCAAAUCACAAAAAGGCAGAAGCAAUAAAUCUAAGAUUCCUAGUUUGCCAUGUGCUUCACAAAACCAGUCAAGAAUGGUUUGUGGUUUUUGCUGAUUUGAAAGCACAUAUUCCUAUAUCUAUCCUCCAUUGCAAUGACUCGAAAUUAAAACUUGAUGACUACAAAAAAUACGGUCAAACAUUCUUGGAAAAGGCACACGAAGCCUUCGUGCACCUCAGCCUCACCUCGCCAUUUAUCAAGUUUGUAAGCAAGUCCCUAACAAGAGUGCCAGAUCUUCAUUUUCACCGCAAUUACAAAGACAGCACUUUAGCAUCUAUGCUUUGCCUUCAAUGGUACAAUGGUCAUAGUUCCUUUCCUGUUAAAAAGAUAGAUGAAGAAAGGAUCAUAACACUGGCAUACCUUGUUCUGCAUGAGGAAAAUACUGCAGUGCUGCCUGAAGAGAUUGAAGAGGUUCUGAAUAAAAAGAACAAAAAAAAAGUUAGUUUGGUUGCUUUGAACUUCUGGCUAUGGGUACUUUUGGUUAGACCUACUUUUGCAAUGUUGGUUGUCCAUGACUGCUGAAUUGUUACUGCUGUAUGCUGGCCGUAUCAAACUAUUAGGAAACUACUCAGAUGUUAGACCUACUUUUGCGAUGUUAAGCCA